AUGGACACACUACCACCAACAACAGAAAGCAACGCCGGCGAUGGCAAGCCGCACGUGCUUGUGGUGCCGUACCCAGCGCAAGGGCACAUGCUCCCGCUCCUCGACCUCGCGGCGCUGCUCGAGGCUCGGGGGCUCACGAUCACCGUCGCCCUCACGGCAGGCAAUGUGCGACACCUGACGGCAUCAUGCCCGUCCGUCGGCACGGUGGUGCUGCCGUUCCCUUCCUCACCCCUCCUCCCGGACGGUUGCGGCGAGAACACCAAGGACCUCCCUCCAUCCCUCUUCCGGCCGUUCACGGCCUCCUUGGCCGCCCUCUCGGCGCCUCUCCUCUCUUGGUGCAAGGCUCAGCCCCGCCACCGCAGCGUCACCACCAUCGUCUCCGACAUGUUCACGGGGUGGACUGUUCCGAUCGCCGAGGAGCUCGGCGUGCCGCACGUGGCCUUCUCGCCCAGCAGCGUCCACUACCUCGCCACGUCGCACUACCUCUGGCGCCGCAUGCCUACGAGGCGCCGCCCCGACGACGACGACGAGACCGUCACCUUUCCGGACGUGCCAGGCUCGCCUAGCUUCCCUUGGCGCCACCUGUCGUGGCUGUUCCGGACACACGUGGCCGGCGGCGGCGACGAGGUGUCGGAGACGAUCCGGCAGAUCUUCCUGUGGAACCUAGAGAGCUCCUUCUUCGUGGCAAAUUCGUUCUCGGAGCUCGAGCCCGCGUUACUGGAUCACGACCGUCCGCUCCCGGACCUGAUGCGGAAGCGGGUGCUAGCGGUGGGCAUGCUGGCGGAGGCCGUUCGCGGUCGCGACGACAUCGAAUCUGGCGAGAAACCCGCGCUGUCGUCGGCGGUGGCCGCGUGGCUGGACGCGUUCGACGACGGAUCCAUCCUGUACGUCUGCUUUGGGUCGCAGCACGUGAUGUCACCGGCGCAGAUGGCGUGCCUGGCCGACGCCCUGGAGCGGAGCUCCGCCGGAUUCGUGUGGGUGGUGACGAGCGGCACCGUGCUGCCGGAGGGGUUCGAGUCGGCUACGGCCUCGCGGGGCAUGUUGAUCCGCGAGUGGGCGCCGCAGGCGGAGAUCUUGCGCCACCGAGCCGUGGGCUGGUUCCUCACGCACUGCGGCUGGAACUCAACGCUCGAGGCGGCUGCGGCCGGCGUGGCGAUGCUCACUUGGCCUAUGGCCGCCGACCAGUUCACCAACGCAUGGCAGUUCGCCAAGGCAGGCGUGGCCGUGCCUGUUGCGGAGGGCGGCGACACCGUGCCAGAUUCUGUACAGAUGGCCAACAUCAUCGCCGCAAAGGUCGUCGACAAGGAGGGGGCCCCUAUGAGGCAGCGCGCGUUGGAACUCAGCCGGAAGCUGGCAGAUGCGGUGGCAAAGGGCGGGACUUCCCACCGUGACUUGAACGAGUUCGUGCGCAUGCUCACUGCAGCCCGGGAAUUCUACCCGACCCAGUGCCUGUCGGUGCCGGUGAGAGCAAGCAUGUAG